AUGCAUUCAUUAAGCGUCCUUUUAAUCUUAACUAUACUUCAGCCCGUGGUGCGCGCGGCCGAUUGGACGCCCCAUGUCAAUCUUUUCAUGGGCACCCAGAACGGGGGCAACAAUUUCCCCGGCGUGGCUCGUCCGUUCGGAAUGGUCAAGCUCGGCCCUGACCUUCUCCGGCCUGGGAGCGAUGCGUACUCCGGAUAUCUGCCGAAUGGCGCGUUCUCGGGAUUCAGCAUGAUGCAUGAGCAGGGGACAGGAGGCGCUCCGAAGUACGGGACCGUCUCACAGCUGCCGCUGGUGGGCAAUGUCACAGACCCGCUCUCGGGUAAAACCAUUGACCGGGCGGGCAUCGAUGAGGCGUCUGUAGGCUACUACAAGGCCCAGACGUCGGAAGGAGCGGUUGUUGAACUGAGCGCCACAGCCCAUGCGGGGAUAUACCGGUAUACCUUUCCCAAGGGGUCGACGGGGCAUGUCCUCGUUGACGUCUCCCAUGUUCUGCCCUCGUUCAGAGGACAGGGUCUUGGUCAGCGGUACAAGGGUGGUGACUUCGCCAUCUUUGCUGAUGGGCAUUAUGAGGGCCACGGGAUAUAUGACAACGGGUGGAAUCGCUCUCCAGACUGGACCAUCUAUUUCUGCGGCCAUUUCGAGAACGACCCUGCCAGCAAUGUCACUUAUAUCGGAACAGACGCAGAAGGCAGCGUCAAGCAGGACAGUGGAUAUGCGUCGUCCUCGUCUAGCUCGACGCGCGUCGGAGGUCUUUUCACUUUCCAGGAGCGAGUAGUAACCUCACGUGUCGGUAUCUCCUGGAUCUCGACAGACAGGGCCUGCCAGAAUGUCCAGGAUGAGAUUCCGCAUGGGACAAAAUUCGCUUCUGUCGUGGAAGAGACCAAAGAAGAAUGGAACUCCGUCGUUCUGUCCAAGAUAACAACAUCCAACACAACGCAGAAGAACCUAGAGCUGCUGUAUACGUCACUGUAUUUCAUGCAUCUGAUUCCCACGAACCAGACGGGCGAGAACCCAAGCUGGUCCUCUUCAGAACCUUAUUAUCAAGACAUCUUCACAUUCUGGGAUCUCUUCCGCUGCUCGACGGCACUCAUGCAGGUCCUGCAGCCGCAAGCUUAUGAAGAGCAAAUCCGAUCUCUGAUCGACAUCUGGCGGCACGAAGGUUUCAUGCCAGAUGCACGCUCGUCAAACUACAAUGGCCGCACGCAGGGCGGCUCCAAUGCGGACAACAUCCUGGCGGACGCAUAUGUCAAGGGCGUACGCGGCGCCGUGAACUGGGAGGACGGGUAUCGCGCCAUGAUGGCAGAUGCCGAGACCGUGCCACCAAACAACCCAGCCGAUCCCAUGGCCCCCGACUCCUCCACAAAGGAAGGGCGCGGUGCGCUCCCGGACUGGCUGAAUCUGGGGUACAUCACACCCAGAUUCACCCGCGCGGUCAGCCGAGCAGUCGAGUAUGCGGCAAAUGAUUUCGGGUUGUACCAGGUGGCUUCUGGGUUGGACAAGCACGCCGACGCGAAGAAGUAUUUGAACCGUUCGCGGAACUGGCGAAACCACUGGAACCCCAAACAGACGUCCUUGGGAUUCUCCGGCUUCGUUGUGCCGCGCGACUCGUCCGGAUUUCUCGAAACCGACCCCCUGAAUGACGCCGGAUACUGGGGAUCUCCUUAUUACGAAGCCAACUCGUGGGCGUACUCCUGGGCAGGUGUUCAUGACAUGAAGCAGUUGAUCAAGAUGAUGGGAGGCGCUCAUACCGCUGUCAAGCGCUUGGACACCAUGCUCAACGAGGGAGCCAGUGGAUCGAGUGGAACCAUCUUCGAUCCGACCAACGAGCCCAUGUUCAACAUCCCAUAUCUCUACAACUACGCUGGGCGACAAGACCUCUCUGUCUCCCAGUCCCGCAAGGUGGCCAAGAAGUACUACAACACUGGUGUGACCGGUCUUCCCGGCAACAGCGACGCUGGCGCGAUGCAGACGUGGCUACUCUGGAACAUGAUCGGACUGUACCCCAUCACGGGGCAGACGACAUUCCUGAUCCACUCGCCGUGGUUCGAGUCCCUGACUAUCGACCUGGGGAACGGUAAGGAGUUGCACGUCACAGGCCACGGCGGGGAUGGCCAUGGCGAUAGCAAGAUCUAUGUCCAGAGCCUCAAAGUCAACGGCCGAGAAUGGCGCAAGAAUUGGCUCACAUGGAGCGACAUCUUCGAGAAAGGAGGAACGCUUGAAUUUGAACUGGGUGAUGCUCCAAGUGACUGGUUCACGGGAGAACUGCCGCCCAGUCCUGCGUCAUGA